AUGUCCUCGGCAUCUUUUCAAAACAGACUCGAUGAUAUCCAGAAAAGGCUAGAAAAAGAGAAUAUACUUCACGACAGCGACAGAAGGGGUAGGGAGGGUAGUACCCCUAACCAUGGACCUAGACGACCACGCAAUUUUACCACAAACCCCAGUGAUUCAGUACGAUCUAGUUCAGCACCUUCACCUAGUCGUCCUAGAGAUUUCACACUACCUACUAAUGUUUUAGAUGGUCCUAGUCGUAAACGCACAUUACAUUUAGAACCAGGAACUGGAAGAACCAGACAUGGUGAAGGUUCUAGAUCCUAUUCCAGACAUCAUGAUAGUGCUGAAAUUGAUAGAAAAUAUGAAGAGAUUAUGAAACAAUCAGGAAUAUUGACAAUAGAUGGCAAGAAAGUUCAGACUGAAAUUAAUGACCUAGAUAAUUUAGGGGAAUUAGGUCAUGGUACAUGUGGUCAAGUGAAUAAGAUGAGACAUAGACAUACUAAACACAUUAUGGCAGUCAAGCAAAUGAGAAGAUCAGGUAAUCAAGAAGAAAAUAAGAGAAUAAUAAUGGAUUUAGAUGUUGUAUUGAAAUCUCAUGAUUGUCCUUAUAUCGUACAGUGUAUAGGUACCUUUAUUACAAAUAGUGAAGUAUGGAUAUGUAUGGAAAUAAUGGCUACAUGUUAUGAUAAACUAUUGAAAAGAUCAGGUCAACCUAUUCCAGAGUGUAUAUUAGGAAAAACUGCUAUUGCUGUUGUUAAAGCAUUGAAUUAUUUAAAAGAUUCUCAUGGGGUGAUACAUAGAGACGUCAAACCUUCCAAUAUCCUACUGGAUGAAAAAGGAACAGUUAAAUUAUGUGAUUUUGGUAUUAGUGGAAGAUUAGUUGAUUCUAAAGCUAAGACUAGAAGUGCAGGGUGUGCAGCUUAUAUGGCACCUGAACGUAUUGACCCUCCUGAUCCUACUAAACCAGAUUAUGAUAUUAGAGCUGAUGUUUGGAGUCUAGGUAUAUCUCUAGUUGAAUUAGCUACUGGUGAAUUUCCAUAUCGAGAUUGUAAAACUGAUUUUGAAGUUUUAACCAAGGUUUUAGAAGAAGAACCACCAGUUUUACCACAAAAUGAAGGGUUUUCUCAAGAAUUUCAAUCUUUUGUUAAAGAAUGUUUGACAAAAGAUUACAAGAAAAGACCAAAAUAUCGUAAAUUAUUAGAACAUCCAUUUAUAAAGAAAUAUACAGAUCAACAUGUGAAUGUAGCAGCCUGGUAUGCUGAGUAUUUACAACGGUCAAGUCCAAUGAGAGUAUCGUGAUCCUGGUCUUGAUACUAUUUUUAUUAUGAAUAAAGAUCUGUGGUCUC